AUGAUGACCACAUUCAACUUGAGCAGCUUCAAUCCAGGCCCAUUCAUCCUACUGGGAAUCCCAGGACUGGAGCAGUUCCAUGUCUGGAUCGGAAUUCCUUUCUUUAUUUUCUACCUUGUGGCCCUGGCAGGCAACGGUGUUCUUCUCUACCUUAUUUCCAUGGAACGGAGCCUCCAUGAGCCCAUGUUCUUUUUUCUCUCCAUGCUGGCUGCUACCGACCUCAUCCUUUCUAAUACUUGUGUACCCAAAACAUUCAGCAUCUUCUGGCGAGGUCCUCAGGAAAUCACCUUUCCUGGGUGCCUUACUCAAAUGUUUUUUCUCCACUACAGCUUUGCCAUGGACUCUGCCAUCCUUUUGGCCAUGGCAUUUGAUCGCUAUGUUGCUAUUUGCUUCCCCUUAAGGUAUACCACUAUCCUCACCCAUCGGAUUGUUACUAAGAUUGUAAUGGGUAUUGUCAGCAGGAGCUUUUGUAUUAUCUUCCCCUGUGUGUUCCUAUUAAAGCGACUGCCUUUUUGCCAAACACUCAUCAUUCCCCACACAUACUGUGAGCAUAUAGGUAUUGCCCGACUCGCCUGUGCAGAUAUCUCUGUCAACAUCUGGUAUGGCUUUGCUGUGCCUGUACUGACUAUUACAUCAGACCUGAUUCUGAUUGGCAUCUCCUACACUCUCAUCCUUCGUGCUAUCUUUAACCUUCCAUCCUGGGAUGCUCGUCAAAAAGCUCUUAAUACAUGUGGUUCCCAUGUAUGUGUUAUUCUUAUAUUCUACACACCAGCCAUGUUCUCUGUCCUCACCCAUCGUUUUGGUCACACUAUUCCUCACUCAUUCCACAUACUAAUUGCCAACCUCUAUGUAGCCAUUCCUCCUGCACUCAAUCCAAUCAUCUAUGGAGUGAAGACAAAGCAAAUUCGAGAAAAAAUCAUCUGUCUCUUCUUCCUUAAAAGGACCCAGUGA